AUGGGUGACGCUGCCAUGAAGGAGUUCGGGCCUGCUGCUUCUUAUCUGAGAAAGUCAGACAAGGAGCGCCUGGAGGCCCAGACCCGGCCCUUCGACAUGAAGAAGGAGUGCUUCGUUCCUGACCCUGUGGUGGAGUACGUCAAAGCUUCCAUCGUCAGUCGAGAUGGUGACAAAGUCACCGCUGAAACUGAAUUUGGAAAGACGGUCACAGUGAAAGACAGCGACAUCCACCCUCAGAACCCGCCAAAGUUUGACAAAAUUGAAGACAUGGCGAUGUUCACCUUCCUCCAUGAGCCCGCCGUGCUGUUUAACCUCAAAGAGCGUUACGCAGCGUGGAUGAUCUACACCUACUCCGGACUCUUCUGUGUCACUGUCAACCCCUACAAGUGGCUGCCGGUCUACAACCAGGAAGUGGUGGUGGCCUACAGAGGAAAGAAGAGGAGUGAAGCUCCUCCUCACAUCUUCUCCAUCUCUGAUAACGCCUAUCAGUACAUGCUGUCAGACAGAGAAAACCAGUCAAUCCUCAUCACCGGAGAAUCUGGUGCUGGAAAGACCGUCAACACCAAGCGUGUCAUUCAGUACUUCGCCAGCAUCGCCGCUGUCCCAGGAGGGAAGAAAGAUCCAGCCGCUGAGAAGAAGGGAACCCUGGAGGAUCAAAUCAUCCAGGCUAACCCUGCUCUGGAGGCCUUUGGGAACGCUAAGACCAUCAGGAACGACAACUCCUCCAGAUUUGGUAAAUUUAUCCGCAUCCAUUUUGAUAACCGAGGAAAGUUGGCCUCUGCUGAUAUAGAGACUUACCUUCUGGAAAAGUCUCGUGUGACCUAUCAGCUCAAAGCUGAGAGGGACUACCACAUUUUCUACCAGAUCUUGUCCCAAAAGAAGCCAGAGCUUCUAGAAAUGUUACUCAUCACCAACAACCCCUACGACUACGCCUUCAUCUCCCAGGGAGAGACGACCGUGGCCUCCAUCAAUGAUGCUGAGGAGCUGAUGGCCACUGAUGAUGCCUUCGACGUGCUGGGCUUCACUCAAGAUGAGAAGAACGGCAUUUACAAGCUGACUGGUGCCAUCAUGCAUCACGGCAACAUGAAGUUCAAGAACAAGCAGCGAGAGGAGCAGGCAGAGGCUGACGGCACUGAAGAUGCUGAUAAAGUAGCGUAUCUGAUGGGCCUGAACUCUGCAGACCUCAUCAAAGGUCUCUGCCACCCCAGAGUCAAAGUAGGAAAUGAGUGGGUCACCAAGGGGCAGAAUGUCGCCCAGGUCUACUAUGCUGUUGGUGCACUGUCUAAGGCAGUGUACGAGAAGAUGUUUCUAUGGAUGGUUAUGAGAAUCAAUCAUUCUCUGGACACCAAGCAGCCCCGCCAGUACUUCAUCGGCGUGCUUGACAUUGCUGGAUUUGAGAUUUUUGAAUUCAACACGUUUGAGCAGCUGUGCAUCAACUUCACCAACGAGAAACUGCAACAGUUCUUCAACCACCACAUGUUUGUGCUGGAGCAGGAGGAGUACAAGAAAGAGGGCAUUGAGUGGACUUUCAUUGACUUUGGUAUGGACCUGCAGGCCUGCAUCGACCUGAUUGAGAAGCCCAUGGGUAUCAUGUCCAUCCUUGAAGAGGAGUGCAUGUUCCCCAAAGCCACUGACGCCACAUUCAAGGCUAAGCUCUACGACAACCACCUGGGGAAAACAAACAACUUCCAGAAGCCCAGGAUCGUCAAAGGAAAACCAGAGGCCCACUUCGCCCUGAUUCACUACGCUGGAACUGUUGACUACAACAUCAACAACUGGCUGGUGAAGAACAAGGAUCCUCUCAAUGAGACUGUGGUCGGACUCUACCAGAAAUCUACGCUGAAGCUGCUUGCAACCCUCUUUGCAAACUAUGCUGGGGCUGACUCAGGUUUGUCUGGAGGGUCUGGAGGGAAGGGAAAAGGUGGCGGCAAGAAGAAGGGUUCAUCAUUUCAGACUGUAUCAGCCUUACAUCGGGAGAACCUGAACAAGCUGAUGACCAACUUGAGGUCUACUCACCCUCACUUUGUGCGCUGCAUCAUCCCCAAUGAGACCAAGACUCCUGGGGCGAUGGAGAACCCUCUGGUGAUGCACCAGCUGCGCUGUAACGGCGUGCUGGAGGGCAUCAGGAUCUGCAGGAAGGGCUUCCCGAACAGGAUCCUCUAUGGAGAUUUCAAACAGAGAUACCGGAUUCUGAACCCAAGUGCAAUUCCUGAGGGACAGUUCAUCGAUAACAAAAAAGCUUCAGAGAAGCUUUUGGGCUCCUUGGACAUUGACCAUAACCAGUACAAGCUGGGCCACACAAAGGUGUUCUUCAAGGCCGGGCUUCUGGGUCUACUGGAGGAGAUGAGAGAUGACCGUCUAGCUCUAAUCAUCACCAGGCUUCAAGCACGGUCACGAGGUGUUCUGGCAAGAAUUGAAUUCCAGAAGAUUGUGGAACGCAGGGAUGCUUUACUGGUGAUCCAGUGGAACAUCCGUGCCUUCAUGGGGGUCAAGAAUUGGCCCUGGAUGAAGAUGUUUUUCAAGAUCAAACCUCUGCUGAAGUCAGCAGAGACCGAGAAGGAGAUGGCCAACAUGAAGGAAGAGUUUGCCAAACUUAAAGAGGCUUUCGCAAAAACUGAGGCCCGCAAGAAGGAGCUUGAAGAAAAAAUGGUCACUCUGCUCCAAGAGAAGAAUGACCUGCAGCUCCAAGUCCAAUCUGAACAAGAUAAUCUUUGUGAUGCUGAGGAAAGAUGUGAAGGGCUGAUCAAAAGCAAAAUACAGCUGGAAGCCAAAAUCAAAGAGCUGACAGAAAGACUGGAGGAUGAGGAGGAGAUGAACGCUGAGCUUACAGCCAAGAAGAGGAAGCUGGAGGAUGAGUGUUCAGAGUUAAAGAAGGACAUCGAUGACCUGGAGUUAACUCUGGCUAAAGUGGAGAAAGAGAAGCACGCCACUGAGAACAAGGUGAAGAACCUGGUGGAGGAGAUGGCAGCUCAGGACGAAAUCAUCGCUAAGCUGACCAAAGAAAAGAAAGCCUUACAGGAAGCUCAUCAGCAAACCCUGGAUGACCUGCAGAGUGAGGAAGACAAAGUCAACACUCUGACCAAGGCCAAGGCCAAGCUGGAGCAGCAAGUGGACGACCUUGAAGGGUCCCUUGAGCAAGAAAAGAAAGUACGAAUGGAUCUUGAAAGAGCAAAGAGGAAGCUUGAAGGAGACCUAAAGUUAGCUCAAGAAAGUAUAAUGGACCUGGAAAAUGACAAGCAGCAACUCGAAGAAAGGCUGAAAAAGAAAGAUUUUGAAAUCAGCCAACUCAAUGGCAAAAUAGAAGAUGAACAAAUGAUAAGUGCCCAGCUCCAUAAAAAACUGAAGGAGCUACAGGCUCGCAUUGAGGAGCUGGAGGAAGAGCUGGAGGCAGAGCGAGCUGCCCGAGCCAAGGUGGAGAAGCAGAGAGCAGACCUGGCCAGAGAGCUGGAGGAGAUCAGUGAGCGUCUGGAGGAGGCCGGAGGAGCAACGGCUGCUCAGAUUGAGAUGAACAAGAAGAGGGAGGCAGAGUUCCUGAAACUCCGCAGAGACCUGGAAGAGGCCACUCUGCAUCAUGAAGCAACUACUGCCACCCUGAGGAAGAAGCAGGCUGACAGCGUAGCUGACCUUGGAGAGCAGAUCGACAACCUGCAGAGAGUCAAACAGAAGCUGGAGAAGGAGAAGAGCGAGCUCAGGCUGGAGCUGGAUGACGUGGUCUCCAAUAUGGAACAUAUAGUCAAGGCAAAGAAUAACUUGGAAAAAAUGUGCAGGUCUCUGGAGGAUCACAUGAAUGAAUAUAAAACAAAGUCAGAGGAGGGACAGCGUGUCAUCAAUGAUUUCACCAUGCAGAAAGCAAAGCUUCAAACUGAGAAUGGUGAACUCACCAGGCAGCUUGAGGAAAAGGAUUCCCUGGUGUCUCAGCUCACCAGAGGAAAACAGUCCUAUACUCAGCAGAUUGAGGACCUUAAAAGACAGCUGGAGGAGGAAGUAAAGGCCAAGAACGCCCUGGCCCACGCCGUGCAGUCUGCCCGUCAUGACUGUGACCUGCUCAGAGAGCAGUUUGAAGAGGAGCAGGAGGCCAAGGGGGAGCUCCAGCGCAGCAUGUCCAAGGCCAACUCUGAGGUAGCACAGUGGAGGACCAAGUAUGAAACCGACGCCAUCCAGAGGACGGAGGAACUGGAGGAGGCCAAGAAGAAGCUGGCUCAGCGUCUGCAGGAUGCUGAAGAGGCCGUUGAAGCAGUGAAUGCUAAAUGUUCCUCUCUGGAGAAGACCAAACACAGACUGCAGAAUGAGAUUGAAGAUCUCAUGGUGGACGUGGAGAGGUCCAAUGCUGCUGCUGCCGCUCUGGACAAGAAGCAAAGGAACUUUGACAAGGUCUUGGCAGAAUGGAAACAGAAAUAUGAAGAGUCUCAAACAGAGCUGGAGAGCUCCCAGAAGGAAGCCAGGUCUCUGAGCACUGAGCUCUUCAAACUGAAGAACUCCUAUGAAGAAUCUCUGGAACAUCUGGAGACCAUGAAGAGAGAGAACAAGAACCUGCAGGAGGAAAUAUCCGACCUCACUGAACAAAUCGGUGAGGGUGGAAAGAAUAUUCACGAGCUCGAGAAGAUCAGAAAACAACUGGAACAAGAGAAGUCUGAGAUACAAACGGCCCUAGAAGAAGCCGAGGCCUCACUGGAACAUGAGGAAGGGAAGAUUCUCAGAGCCCAGCUAGAGUUCAACCAGAUCAAGGCUGAGAUCGAGCGCAAGUUAGCAGAAAAAGACGAAGAGAUGGAGCAAUCAAAGAGAAACCAACAGCGUAUUGUGGACACUCUGCAGACCUCUCUGGAGGCUGAAACUCGCAGCAGGAAUGAGGCCCUCCGUCUGAAGAAGAAGAUGGAGGGAGACCUCAAUGAGAUGGAGAUCCAGCUCAGCCAGGCCAACAGACAAGCUGCUGAGGCUCAGAAACAGCUCAAGGCUGUUCACGCACAUCUGAAGGAUGCUCAGCUCCAGCUUGAUGAGUCUCUGCGAGCAAAUGAUGAUAUGAAGGAAAACAUCGCCAUAGUAGAGAGGCGUAACAACCUGCUCCAGGCUGAACUGGAGGAGCUGAGAGCUGCUCUGGAGCAGACGGAGAGAACCCGCAAACUUGCAGAGCAAGAGCUGCUGGAUGUUAGUGAGAGGGUGCAGCUACUGCACUCCCAGAACACCAGUCUGCUAAACCAGAAGAAGAAGCUGGAGGCAGACACAUCCCAGCUCCAGACUGAGGUGGAGGAUGCACUGCAGGAGUGCAGGAAUGCUGAGGAGAAGGCCAAGAAGGCCAUCACUGAUGCUGCCAUGAUGGCAGAGGAGCUGAAGAAAGAACAGGACACCAGCGCCCACCUGGAGCGUAUGAAGAAGAACAUGGAGCAGACCAUCAAAGACCUGCAGCACCGUCUGGAUGAAGCUGAACAGAUCGCCAUGAAGGGAGGGAAGAAGCAGGUGCAGAAGCUGGAGGCCAGGGUCAGGGAACUUGAAAAUGAGGUUGAGAAUGAACAAAAAAAGGCCAGUGAGGCUGUAAAGGGAGUAAGGAAAUAUGAAAGACGUAUCAAAGAGCUCACCUAUCAGACCGAGGAAGAUCGUAAAAACCUCGCUCGCCUUCAAGAUUUAGUGGACAAGCUGCAGCUGAAGGUCAAAUCCUAUAAGAAGUCUGCUGAGGAGGCUGAGGAACAGGCCAACAAUAAUCUCACAAAGUACCGUAAGCUUCAGCAUGAGCUGGAUGAGGCUGAAGAGCGAGCUGACAUAGCUGAGUCUCAGGUCAACAAGCUGCGUGCCAAGAGCCGGGAUGCAGGGUCAAAGAAAGGACUUGAUGAAGAGUGA